AUGCAGCUUGACGUCCAAGUGAUUUCCGAAGAGAUUGUGAAGCCAUCAUCUCCGACCGAUGAUCGUCUUCGUCGAUACCAACUGUCAUUCUUGGAUCAACAAACUCCCUUAGUCUAUAAUGCUAUGGUCUAUUUCUACCCGAAAAUAUGCAAUAUCGAAGCAAACAAAAUCACGAUUUUACAUCGAUUGAAGCACUCCAUUUCCAAUGCCCUCACCUGUUUUUAUCCACUGGCUGGUCGGAAAAUGGAGGACCAGCUGUUUGUUGAUUGCAAUGAUGAGGGGAUACCCUUUCUGGAAGCUCGAGUGAAGUGCCAACUUUUGGAUGUUUUAAACAAUCCAAUUCCGAAAGAACUCAACAAGUUGCUUCCUUUUGAAUUCCAUGUUAGUGGUACUGAUGCCGAACAUGUUCUUCUUGGAAUCCAAUUCAAUGUUUUCGAUUGUGGGGGGAUAGGGAUUGGUGUUUGUAUUUCCCACAAAAUCGGAGAUGCCCUUUCGUUUUUCUCGUUUGUGAAUAUAUGGGCAUCCAUUGCUCGUGGAGAGACGAAUUUGAUUGUUCCUGAAUUCAAAUCAGCCUCACUUUUCCCACCACGGGCCAUACCAGAAGCUCGUCAAUUAAAAAAGGAACAAAUUGUAACGAAGAGAUUCGUGUUUGGUGCCACCAAAGUGGAGGAAAUCAGAAGAAAAUACGGUGAGAAUACUAGCCAAACACGCCCAAGUCGAGUUGAGGCCUUAUCAGCUUUCAUAUGGGACCGUUUUGUUACUGCCUUCGGUCUUAGAUCAAGACCCGAUACGCUUAGCACAAUUAUUCACGUGGUAAAUUUACGUGCAAGAAUUGAUCCCCCAUUGCCGGGGUCUUCAUUUGGAAACAUUUAUAGCUUAGCACUGACUAUCCCGUCCAUGGACAAUAACAUCGUUACCCAAAUAAGAGACUCUAUUAAAGCACUAAACAGCGAGUACGUGAAGAAACUCCAAGAUGGAUAUGAUCACAUGAAAUAUUUUAGAGAGAUAACAAGUUAUGCCAGAGGCGAGAUACUUACAUUUAGUUUCACAAGUUUAUGCAGGUUUCCUAUGUACGAAGCUGAUUUUGGUUGGGGGAAACCCAUAUGGGCUAGCUCAGUAGAUCGACAAAUCAAGAACAUAACUACUUUCAUGGACACCAUAAAUGGUGAUGGCAUAGAGGCUUGGAUUGCCCUAAAUGUAGAAGAAAUGGCGAAAUUUGAUUGUGAUGAGGAAUUGCUUGCAUAUGUUAAUAACCCAAAAAGCUUGUAA